UAGAACGCGCUUACGAAAUAUUGGAUUCUAUAAUAUAAAACUUUUUGACAACGAAGUCUACUAUGAAUAUAUACAGACAAAAAAAAUCAAAUUUUAAACGUCUUCAACUUCUCAUAAAUAAAAGAAGAACAUUAUUUGUGUUGAUAAUGUGGAUUUUAACGCUUUUGGUUUUCUACACAAGUAGCACAGGGACAGAUGGUUUCACUCUAAAUGGAAAAAUAUUUAAAAGCAAUUCUUCUUUUAUCAAUAAAGAAUUUGAAAAAAAAACAAACAGCAAUUCAAUACACAGAAACGAAGACAAACAUAGUAACAGUCCAGCGAUUUAUAAAACAACAAAUGCUAUUUAUCCACCUUCAUUCAGUUCAACAUCUGUUGAUAAAAAACCUGCCAAUCAGUUGCCUGAUAACUUUCCUUCUAGCAAUCUAGCAUCAAACAAUUUAGUAAAUAACAACUUAGCAUACGGAAAAUCAGAAUCUGAAAUUCCACCAUUUGUUAAAUCACUUUUCCAAAAUCUUAUAUUCGACAAUCAAACAUCAGUUAAUUUAGUAUCUAGCAGUGUUGCAUCUGUAAAUCCAUCUAAAAACUCCUCACCUAACUCAUUAUACAACAGCGUAAACUAUGCUAGCUCUUCAUCUAGUGAUGUAAUACAUAUUCAAGUUCGACAAAAUCCAAUAAAGACAAAUCAAAAUGUGAUUUUUUUAAAGACCCACAAAACAGGCUCUUCUACUGUAACAAACAUAUUGCAAAGAUAUGCAUUGUCACACCACUUGAAUGUUGCGCUUCCUCGAUGUGAUCACCGAUUUUGUUAUCCAAAUAAAUUCGAAGAAGCUUAUUUAUACGAACAUCAAUUAGGAGAGACUUAUAACAUACUGUUUAAUCAUGCAGUGUUUCACAAGGAGAAAAUGCUUCAAAUUAUGUCUUCUGGUGUUACAAAAAUAGUUACUAUAGUAAGAGAACCAUUUUCACAGUUUGACUCUGCUGCACAAUACUUAAACUUUAGAAAGUAUUUCAAUUUGAGUAAUGAUUCACCAAUAUUAGACGAAUUUUUAAAAAUUCCAGUAGAGCAUUUAAAAAGAUACAUCCAAUCCGUUAGUUUAAAUGAAGGAGAAGGUGCUUUUGCUUUGGCUAAAAAUCCAAAUGCAUUCGAUCUUGGGUUUGACGUUUGGAAUGAAACACCUGAAUAUAUUCAAUACGUAUUAAACUCAAUUACUCAAGACUUUAGCCUAGUAAUGAUCAUGGAAUACAUGGAAGAGUCAUUAGUUUUGCUGAAAAACGAAAUGAAUUGGGAAUUGGAGGAUAUUUUAUUUUACGCUCUUAAUGCAAGGGGUGUGAAAGAAAAAAGCACAAAUAACUUUGAAAAAACAAAAGAAAAGGUUUUGAGCUGGAAUAAACUUGACGCUGCAAUUUACAGACAUUUUAAUGAAACAUUUUGGUUAAGAAUAAAAAGUAGUUCUUCUGAUUUUUAUGCAGAAGUAAAUAAGUUAAAAGAGUGGAAUAUUGAUUUAGUAAAUCAUUGUAAUGGAUUGGUAACAACAACAUCACUAUUGUUAGUACAAAAAUAUAAUCAAAUGUCAAAUUCUAUUUUAUGUUCGGAUGUUUUUCGAGAUGAUAUUUUAUUUACUACCCAAUUUAAGAGUAAGCGAUAUGCAAGAAUUAAUGCAAAGUUUUAAAACUUCACAAAAUAUUGAAAAAUUGUUUAUCCAUUUAUUGUACAUAAAUUACAUACAUAAAUUAAUUUAUAGAUUUUUAA